CGUCGCCGUCUCCGGGGCCCGCGCCGGCCGGCGGGGCGGCCCCGCGCGCGUCGCACCAUGGACUCGGACGAGGGCUACAACUACGAGUUCGACGAGGACGAGGAGUGCAGCGAGGAGGACAGCGGCGCCGAGGAGGAGGAGGACGACGACGACGACGAGCCGGACGACGACAACCUGGACCUGGGCGAGGUGGAGCUGGUGGAGCCCGGGCUGGGCGUCGGCGGCGAGCGGGACGGGCUGCUGUGCGGGGAGACGGGCGGCGGCGGCGGCGGCAGCGCGCUGGGGCCCGGCGGCGGCGGCGGCGGCGUUGGCGUUGGCGGCGUUGGCGGCGGCGGCGGCGGGCCGGGCCACGAGCAGGACGAGGACUACCGCUACGAGGUGCUCACGGCCGAGCAGAUCCUGCAGCACAUGGUGGAAUGCAUCCGGGAGGUCAACGAGGUCAUCCAGAAUCCAGCAACUAUUACAAGAAUACUCCUUAGCCACUUCAAUUGGGAUAAAGAGAAGCUAAUGGAAAGGUACUUUGAUGGAAACCUGGAGAAGCUCUUUGCUGAAUGUCAUGUAAUUAAUCCAAGUAAAAAGUCUCGAACACGCCAGAUGAAUACAAGGUCAUCAGCACAGGAUAUGCCUUGUCAGAUCUGCUACUUGAACUACCCUAACUCGUAUUUCACUGGCCUUGAAUGUGGACAUAAGUUUUGUAUGCAGUGCUGGAGCGAAUAUUUAACUACCAAAAUUAUGGAGGAAGGCAUGGGACAGACUAUCUCAUGCCCUGCUCAUGGUUGUGAUAUCUUAGUGGAUGACAACACAGUUAUGCGCCUGAUCACAGAUUCAAAAGUUAAGUUAAAGUAUCAACACUUAAUAACAAAUAGCUUUGUAGAGUGCAAUCGACUGUUAAAGUGGUGUCCUGCCCCAGAUUGCCACCAUGUUGUUAAAGUCCAAUACCCUGAUGCUAAACCUGUUCGCUGCAAAUGUGGGCGUCAGUUUUGCUUUAACUGUGGAGAAAAUUGGCAUGAUCCUGUUAAAUGUAAGUGGUUGAAGAAGUGGAUUAAAAAGUGUGAUGAUGACAGUGAAACCUCCAAUUGGAUUGCAGCCAACACAAAGGAAUGUCCCAAAUGCCAUGUCACAAUUGAGAAGGAUGGCGGUUGUAAUCACAUGGUCUGUCGUAACCAGAACUGUAAAGCAGAGUUUUGCUGGGUGUGUCUUGGCCCUUGGGAACCACAUGGAUCUGCCUGGUACAACUGUAAUCGCUAUAAUGAGGAUGAUGCAAAGGCAGCACGAGAUGCACAAGAGCGGUCUAGGGCAGCCCUGCAGAGAUACCUGUUCUACUGUAAUCGCUAUAUGAACCACAUGCAGAGUCUACGCUUUGAGCACAAACUGUAUGCUCAGGUGAAGCAGAAAAUGGAGGAGAUGCAGCAGCACAACAUGUCCUGGAUUGAGGUGCAGUUUCUGAAGAAAGCAGUGGAUGUACUCUGCCAGUGUCGUGCCACACUCAUGUACACUUAUGUCUUCGCUUUCUACCUCAAAAAGAAUAACCAGUCCAUUAUCUUUGAGAAUAACCAAGCAGAUCUAGAGAAUGCCACAGAGGUGCUUUCGGGCUACCUUGAACGAGAUAUAUCCCAAGAUUCUCUGCAGGAUAUAAAACAGAAAGUACAAGAUAAGUACAGAUACUGUGAGAGUCGACGAAGGGUUUUGUUACAGCAUGUGCAUGAAGGCUAUGAAAAAGAUCUGUGGGAGUACAUUGAGGACUGAGAAUGGCCCCUGCAUAAAAUGAACUCUGAAACCUUUACCAUCUAGAGUGCUCAUGCAAUUAAAGCAAACAAAACAAAACAAACACAAACAGGAGGCCCUAAGCCUAUUCUGACACCGCUGGUCUGUAGUACCAGAAUUCUGUUUUGUUAACGGAAAGUUUAAGUAAAUUAUAUUGUAAUAAAAAAAAAAGGUAGAUAAACCAUUGUACAACAGUAUUCUAGGCCGCCAACAGAAGUGUGACAGACACACUUAAAAGCCCUCCAACUUUAACUUGUAACGUAGCUUCAUUCUCAAAGCUGACUCCUUUUUUCUUUUUCUGUUUCCUGAAUGUAGUACAGUUAAGAUUUGAAACAGCUCCUUGACACUGCUUUUCAUGUCCAAACCAGCCAUUUUGUUGUACUUUGGUAAAAAUCUCUUCCCCUUCCUUCCCUACACAUACAAAUCCACCCCUACAUACAAACUGACACUUUCUCUCAUACCCCAUGGUCAUGAGUGAAUGAUGAUAGUUCCUUGUAAAGAAAAUUCUUGGGGUGGGAAGUGGGGUAGACAGUAAGAGGAUUAAACAAACAAAAAUUCUUUGUAUAUGACUUUUAAACAAGAAGACAACACAGUAUUUUUCAAAAUUGUAUAUAGCGCAUAUGCAUGGACAAAGCAAGCGUGGCACGUGUUUGCAUAAUGUUUAAUUACAAAAAAAAUAUUUAUUCUUUAAAAAUCUUCAAGAUUA